AUGGGUCAUCAACAAUUUCUAAUACGUUGUGUUUUUUUGUGCGUUAGACAAGAAGAUGCCGGAGAUCCCGGCACCCUUCGCGUGGUGAGGUACCAAGAGGCCCUCUCGCACGUCCUGGGCCCGGAAUCGCGCUACAGCCUGCUCCUGACGUCGCACACGACGUCGCGGAACCCCUUCUUCAGCAGCGCCUGCGUGCACCUGGCCGCGCACGACGAGCUGUACCUGACGUCGUCGCUGCUCAAGCCCGGGUCCGCCGCCAAGCUGCCCCAGGUGCUCAUCUCGCGCGUCGCCCUGGCCCGCGCCCCCGCCACCGUGGAUGACCCGUCCCCCGACGUCACGGCCGCCGUCUGGCAAAAGAUGCGCGCCCCGCCGUCCAUGCCCAACCCGGCGGGCGCCUGCGCCUACGAGGACGGCGUCGUCUACUGUGCCAAGACGUCUCCGGGCGGCGAGACUGGUGGCCUGGUCUACAUGCCGCGUUCAAAGCGCCCACCCCAGGUCGUGUCGCGGUAUGGGGGCCGUCCGUUUAGUUCGCUGCAGCGUGUGGCAAAGUCCCCCACCGACAACAGUCUCUGGUUCACCACUGCCGACGCGGAUUCCGGUUUCGAAAUGAGCGGCGCCUUGAACGGUGGGUCAACAGCAGCGCAGCAGCGGACAAGCCCAAGCUUGGUGUAUAGGCACGAUAACCGAGAUGGAUCGACGCGGGUGGUGGCAGAUGGGUUCGGGAAACCGGGUGCCAUUGCCUUUUCGCGGGACGGAACAACGGCGUACAUAUCAGAUGUCAAGACGGCCAAGGAAGGUGAGGAUGGAUGUACAAACAGGUGA